AUGGCCUCACUUCACUCUCGCAACGACGCGCUGCCGGAUGACAUUUCUCAGGACACAGAGCUUACUCGACUGAACGAAGCUCAUCGAAGCCCAGAUACUCCAGGUACACACUUCAGUGGCACAACUGUCCAUAGCAGUAGGGAUGUUGAAUCAGACACCGAGCCUCUGAAGCCGGAAACACUCCAUCAGGCUCCGGAGAAGCUGCCGUUCCUGCGGGUCGUCCUUCCCCAAGCAUUCGCACUCUUGUGGACAGUGCCGAUAACUGUGCUGCUCGUUUUAAAUAUCAAGGGACGCAUUAUAGGUGCAAGUGCCUGGUGUCCUGGAGGGCGAUGUUAUCCCGAGAUUUACAUUGGAGGCUCCAAAGAAGCUACACAGUUGACGGCGAAGAAUGAUAGGGAAUCACACAACCUGCUUGGUGCUCUACAACUCGCCGCAAAGGCUUUGGAGGUCUGGUUCAUACUGAUCACUACUUGGCUGGUGUACAUGGUUACGGUGAAGCUGGCAGACAGACCAAGUGGCAUUCCGGUCGGAUACCUCACCCGACCAAGCGAAUUCGCUGAGCUGGCUAGCUUGCUCGAUUCUGCCUUGUGGUCGACCCUUCGACGAAUGCCAGGGAGAAGAGCGAGCGCAAGAAAGGCUAGAAAACGAAUCUGGGUCUUCAUAGCGAUCACCAUCUUCCUGUGCAUCUUGUGCAAUUUGAUGGGCCCCAGUGUCGCCGUUCUGGUUCUGCCAUCGCUCCAGUGGCAGCCAACAAAAGCUUUUGGAAACUCGACAUUCGACAAUUGGAAGUCGAACAAUCCUCCCAGCAUCGGCGGCUUUGCGCGCCAAGAUGCAUUUCCAUGCACUCCUGGAAACUUCACGGAUAGACACUACUCAUGCGCAAGCCGAACACCGAACUACUUAGACUCCUGGGUUGAAAGCUCUUUCACCACCACAAGCACGGACACGGCAAUCGUGAGUGCGCAAGACUUGGUCUCAUUCAGAUACAACAGUACCAUCGUUCCGACACCACAGGGCAACGUUGAGUACGUCAUCUGGACACCCAACCGACAAGUGCUCCAGCAACUAAGCUCAGACUUGAAGUGGGUACAGUGGCUGUCCAAAGGCCAUGCCCGUAAUGAGCUCCCGGAUACGGCUACUUUUGAUUCGUUCGUGCCGUACAACAAUACUGUUCAGACCUACAUCCACCGGCGAGGGCCGGUUCUUGGUGGAAUUGUCCACACUUGGAUGGGCUACAAUACCGAGAAGCAUUUUACGGUCUUGCUUGACACGAACAGAUCCGUCAGGUGCUACAGGAAUUACAACCUUACUAACACGCCAAGAUGCUGGGGAACGUGUGCUGCAGCAAAAGAGGGGAACUAUACAAGAUGCAUUCCGCUCGGGACAGGUUGGUCUGGAUACAAGACUGCCAAUUUCAGCAUUGAUCGCAAGUGGAACAAGGACAUUGACCACUUUGGACCAUACCUACAAUUCAACAUUUUUUUCACGCCAUACGCCGCUUUUUUACCCAAUGGGAACUUGCCUUCAACAUUGACAUCCGCUGGCUUCUCAGCGAAGUGUCUCGACUACAGCCUUCAAGUAGGUACCGACCGAGGCGAAUGUGAUUGGGAUGCCUUCUGGAGGACCGGAACCUCUGACCCAUUUCUCAAGCCACGUUCCGAGAAUGUGACCACUGUCCAAUUCGAUUGGAACCCCUCAGACGAUCCAGGGUUUGCGAACAAUACUCAUCUAGCAAUCGACUUUGUUGCUUUUCGAUCUUUUGCAGACUAUACCCUCGAUCCGUCUUGGGUUUCGAAUCCACUUUGGUCCUCCAUCACGACGCUGAACUUCACCAAUGAAAUGUUUCCUCUGGUUUCCGUCCCUGUUGACCCAGCUUGGACUCUAGCCGCAUGGUCAGCAGAUUUCAAUGGCAUUGUUGACGCAACACGAGCGGCGCCAGCGCGGGCUCAGAAGCUCUUUGACAACUUCGCCAAGCUCUACAAGACCAGAAAUACUUUGGACCCGAUUUGGAGCCUGAGAGAUUACCUGAAUGGCGUGGGUCUCAUUCCGGUUUUGCAGACGUUGAGCAUGAUCGAAUACAACAGUACUCAGACCGCAACGCCACCAACUACGGAAGAUCCGGAGCACCCCCUGUUACAGCGCGAGGCACAGAUAUAUGUUUGGGCGUAUGGAAUGUCUUCGCGGACUGCGUACCUCGGAGUGGCAGUCACCAUCUGCGGCUGCCUGGUGGUUCUCAUCGAGAUCAUGCUAGGUCUCUUUGACCGACGAGCCUUCCGUUCACCUACCCAGCUGCUUAUCGCGGCAUUGGAGCAUCGAUAUAACGGGGAGUUCAAUGGCAUCUCUGAUGAAAAGAGCGCGGCACGGGUACGUUUUCGAAUGGAACCGGAUAAUGAUUCCGCAGGCAAAUUCAAGUUUGAGAAGCUUCUAUAACGCAAGUGGGUCAAGCUGCUCUUACACGUUCUCAGUUUGCAACACGAAUGCUUAUCAAGAACCCCGUCACGGCAAGGAACAGGGCAUCGGCUGUUGAAUUCGAGGUUCUCAAGUUGCUCUUUCGAGUACGUGCCGCGAAGCACCCCAUCCUCGGAGCGGACAGCGCGACGGAAGAGCUGAGGACGAAGGUCGAUGGGCUGUUUGAUAUCAUUGAUGAUGUUGAAAUGUACCGGCCGCACUUCGAUCCGGGUGAUGUGGGCACCAAGAGAUGGGGAAUAUAG